UUAUCAGUUUAAACACUUUCCAAACUGUGUAGGAAGAGUUUUCCGGAUAUUACGCUAGCCUACUUAAUACUGUCUGUACGAGUUAUAACCUAAAACUCAUCACAAACGGUUUAUUCGCAUCUUUACCCUACAUACUGGAAGACCACAUCGACAGAAAAUGGCUGCAGAAGCAAAACCACAAGAAAUAUUUAUGGAGAACAUUCAACUAAAGGAAGAAAAUGAAAACCUGAGACGGUUUAAGGAAAGAGUUGAAAAAAAUUCUGGCAUUGCAGACGAAAGUCGAAUUACAGAUGAGAGGGAAUAUUGGUUGCGGUCUUUCUUGCAUGAUAGCGAUACCAGAGUUCUUAUAGAUAGAACCCCCACGUGCAAUAAAUUUUGCACACAAUUUGUAAUAAGGACCCUGCUGAAAGUGCUGUUGAUAGUCCUGGUUACUGUCUGUGUGAUAACUGUGUAUGUGCUGACGGAACGAAGACAUGACAGUACACUGAAGUCUUUGGUUUCCGCCGUAAAAUCCUCUACGAAAGAGCCGAAGGCAGUUUACGGCGGCGUUUUACCGUUCGUCGCUAAUAAAGCUGGAAACACAGACACAGAUGCCAUACAGAAGAAUUACUUAAACAUCGGGUUGCGUCAAGACUACCAAAUUCAGGAAUGUCAAGGGUCAGAACUUAAACAGUCGUUCCCCGACGUGGACUAUUCUCUGCUAGGCUAUAACAUAUUGAAAGGCUUCCCGCUCGCAACCGGACACGAUCCUGGCUUUACAUACCCAAUAUUUCGACAUGAUUACUCUUCUGGUGGCAUGACUGCUGACUGCCGGUACAGUGUACCACGUGGCCUUGUAAUUAUCCCGGAUGUCUCGUGUGUAACUUCGUUUUCAUCAACAACAAUACAAACAAAAUACGAGUUUUCAAAGGCGUUGUCAACUUCCGCUAGUGUAAGUGGAGGUGGCUGGGGAGUGAGCUUUUCUGCAAGUGCAGGGUACAAGCAAUCUUCGUCAGAAAUGUCCACUGGAGAAUCAGUCUACAUUGUAUCGUCUGCUCAUUGUAACUACUACUUUAGUAAACUGAUAACAGAAGAGGCUCCGCAAUUUGACAAUGUUUUUGUCAAUUGGAUUCACAAAAUGAAUGAAACUGACUGGGAUCCUGAACUCUACUUCGAAUUCUUCGAAACAUACGGAACACACUUUCCAACCGAGGUUACUUUUGGCGCAAGAUUUGUCUACGAGCAUAAAAUGUCGUCUUCCAAGUAUGAAAGUGAAAAGAAAAGCGGGGUGAAUGUUGCUGUCCAAGCCAGCUACUCAGGAUUGUUCAGUGUAGGCGGCGGUUUCAGUUUAGACUCAGAGCAGCGACAGGCAGCGUCUUCAUUCUCGAAAUCAGUGGAAACUAAAACAAUUACCGUUGGCGCAGCACCUCCUUCUAACGGCGAUGCUAUGACGUGGGCUUCCGAGGUAAAAACAAGUCCAGUGCCAACUGCGUAUAAAUUAUCAUCGAUCGAACUUCUCUUUACUGAAAGAUACAUGGGGAAAAUGAAUGUAGACUACGAACGUAUUCGUCAUAAUAUAGACACUAAGAAACAUGAAUAUUGUCUAUAUCUUCAGAAACAAGGAGAAGUUGAGUCGUGUGAUAGUUUGGUUGCCGGAGUUGAGCUUGGAAAAACAAGAUUAUUCCAUCAUUACAAAGAAAUGCAGGUUGCUCUGAGUACGGAAUGUAUCGAGAAAUGUCUGGAAGAAGUAGAGUGUGUUGCAGUCACAGUAUGCAUUACUUGCAAGAGUGACAAUUUUGCACACAAUACUUGCUAUAUGUACAAAGAAAGUGGUAACAUGGUUACCGCAGACAGAACCGAAGCAGAAAACGCGAUUUGGCAAAGCAAUAUAUUUCCAGAGAAAAUGAAGAAUCAGAUUGAAUUUAGCGACGCAGCAAUUGUCGGCGUCCCGCGCGGAUUUGAAAAUGAUCAAGACAAAACUUCAGACCAGUCAAAAUGCCACGAGCUUUGCAUCAAGGACGCCCAUUGUGUUGCAUACACUCACUGUCACUGUCCGGACAAAAUAGUUAAGUGCAAUAUGUAUAGCAAGGAGAGAACAUCUGGCUUGAUAAAACAACCGGGUACGAAAGCAUUUUUUAUUUCGAGCCGUCAGCGUGUCAAAACAACUACACCGGUAUCAACAAAAGUUGGAACAACAACAACAACAACAACAAAAGCAAUAACAACAAAUGCACCAUAGAACAGCACCAAAUGAGUGCUACCGCCUAGAGAUUUUUUUCAUGUAACCAUAUAUUCAUUUUUCAUGAACAAUAAUUAGUUUAGUCCGUUUAAUGAUUCUAUCGUAUACUGCAUGAUCACGGAUUUACUAAUCAAUGUCCUGCCUAAGACUGAAAGAUCUUGAAAUGAGAUGAAAGAUGUAAAAUAUAACUAAAAUAAAUGCUAUAUCAACGAA